AUGUUGUGGUUGUGGUUGGUGGUUUUGUUGCUGCAGGUUAUAGGACUCGUUAUAGGACUCGUAACCCUCACCACCAGCCACACCAUCCGCCUCACCGCUGACGCCCCCAUCGUUCUCUACGCUUUGCUUAUACAAAAGGUUGCUGCACACCCAGGCACCCCCACAGACCACCAGCAGCAGCAGCAGCACCAGCAGCAGCAGCAGCAGCAGCAGCAACAGUGGGCGCAGCAGGAACUGAUGCCCAGGAUACUUGAAAUGUAA